CCCUCCCCUAGGGUUGUGGCCACGCGCAGCGGCGGUGGUUGUUCCGCUUCCCCUCUGGCCUGGGCCGUCGCCAUUGCCGAAGGCUCUCUACACUCCCUUCCCGGCGCCCGCGGGGCUCGGCUGCCGCCCGGCCUAGCAAUAACAGCAGCUGCGCUCCAGCGCGGUUCCUCUUCCCGCCCCGCUUCCCUUUCCCUCCCCUCCCCGCCCCGUGUCGCGCGCUUGCUCGGGGCGGCUCCUGAGCCCGCCGGGAGCUCGGCCGGAGGCUCCUCGCUGGGGCGGGGAUCUUUCCUCGCCUGGGGCCAUAUCAUAAUUCUGAAUCAUGUCUGAUAACGGAGAACUGGAAGACAAGCCUCCAGCACCCCCUGUGCGAAUGAGCAGUACCAUUUUUAGCACUGGAGGCAAAGACCCUUUGUCAGCCAAUCACAGUUUAAAACCUUUGCCCUCUGUUCCAGAGGAAAAAAAGCCCAGGAAUAAAAUCAUCUCUAUAUUCUCAAGCACAGAGAAAGGAAGUAAGAAGAAAGAGAAGGAAAGGCCAGAAAUUUCUCCUCCAUCUGAUUUUGAGCACACCAUCCAUGUUGGCUUUGAUGCUGUUACUGGAGAAUUCACUGGCAUGCCAGAACAGUGGGCUCGAUUAUUACAGACCUCCAAUAUCACCAAACUAGAGCAAAAGAAGAAUCCUCAGGCUGUGCUGGAUGUCUUAAAGUUCUAUGACUCCAACACAGUGAAGCAGAAAUAUCUGAGCUUUACUCCUCCUGCAUUAUUUUCCAUUUUGUAUUCAGAGAAAGAUGGCUUCCCCUCUGGAACACCAGCACUGAAUACCAAGGGUUCAGAAACAGCAGUAGUAACAGAAGAAGACGACGAUGAUGAAGAGACUCCUCCUCCUGUUAUUGCCCCACGACCAGAUCAUACAAAAUCAAUUUAUACACGGUCUGUAAUUGAUCCUAUUCCUGCACCAGUUGGUGAUUCUAAUGUUGAUAGUGGUGCCAAGACUUCAGACAAACAGAAAAAGAAGGCCAAAAUGACAGAUGAAGAGAUUAUGGAGAAAUUAAGAACUAUUGUAAGCAUAGGUGACCCUAAGAAAAAAUACACAAGAUAUGAAAAAAUUGGGCAAGGGGCUUCUGGCACAGUUUUCACUGCUACUGAUGUGGCAUUGGGACAAGAGGUUGCUAUUAAGCAGAUUAAUUUACAGAAACAGCCAAAGAAGGAAUUGAUCAUUAAUGAGAUUCUGGUGAUGAAAGAAUUAAAGAAUCCCAACAUAGUUAACUUCUUAGACAGUUACCUGGUGGGAGACGAAUUGUUUGUGGUAAUGGAGUACCUCGCUGGGGGAUCACUUACUGAUGUUGUAACAGAGACGUGCAUGGAUGAAGCACAGAUUGCUGCUGUAUGCAGAGAGUGUUUACAGGCAUUGGAGUUUUUACAUGCUAAUCAAGUGAUCCACAGAGACAUCAAAAGUGACAAUGUGCUUUUGGGCAUGGAAGGAUCUGUUAAACUUACUGACUUUGGUUUCUGUGCCCAGAUCACCCCUGAGCAGAGCAAGCGAAGUACUAUGGUUGGAACGCCAUAUUGGAUGGCACCAGAGGUGGUUACACGGAAAGCUUAUGGCCCUAAGGUUGACAUCUGGUCUCUGGGUAUUAUGGCUAUUGAGAUGGUAGAAGGAGAGCCUCCAUACCUCAAUGAAAAUCCUUUGAGGGCCUUGUACCUGAUAGCGACUAAUGGAACCCCAGAACUUCAAAACCCAGAGAAACUUUCCCCAAUAUUUCGGGAUUUCUUAAAUCGAUGUUUGGAGAUGGAUGUGGAGAAAAGGGGUUCAGCCAGAGAAUUGUUACAGCAUCCCUUCCUGAAACUGGCCAAACCAUUAUCCAGCUUGACACCACUGAUCAUGGCAGCUAAAGAAGCAAUGAAGAGUAACCGUUAACAUCAUUGCCGUGGCCUCAUAUUCUUUUUUCCAUUUUUUAAAAGAAGUCUUUUAAUAUAUGAAAAUUAUUAUUCUUUUGGGGUUUAAAGAAAUGAUCUACAUAACAUGGAGGAAAAAAACAAGCUACUAUUUCCUAAAGACAACCAAGAAAAAAUUGCAGAACAGAAUGACAACUUUCUAUUGAAUCCCUUCUUUAGGGUCCAAAAGGAAUUGUGGACUGAAUCACUAGCCUUACGUCUUUCAGCAGAAAGCCCAUCAGGGCCAUUUAUCAUGCUUGAGAUUUGCAUUUUAUUUUGCUGACUUCAUUAUAAUAGAUCCCAUUCAUUGUCCCUUUUGGGGUAUUUUCAGUACUUGAAUGGCAGAUUUGAGUUUUUCAGAGUAUGUGUUUUAUCUGCUAGUCUUCUUUUCUUUCUUCUUCAUAAUUUUCUUUUCCUUGACUUGCUCCUUUUGAGUUGCUUUGAGAAAUGUUUCUUAUGCCUAAAUUGGAGGCAAGUGUGAUAGAAAUUAUGUAGCUCCUUAUAUUGGCAAAGGAGUUCAGUAUGGUUUAACUUUGUAUAGAAGUUAGAACCAGCUAUUGUUACCUGUAAUAUUUCAGUUCAGAAUUUGAACUGAAGGAAGGGAAGAAAAGUAUGUGAUUUUUACCUUUUUUAACAAAUGUGAAAGAAUCAGUUUUUAAAAUUUCAUAAUAGUGAGUUGUUUGGCAUUUGUUACAUGUAUAGAGAGAAGACUAAUAAUCUAUAUUUAUAACUAAAUCAUUGAAACAGAAAAAGAAUCCCAUUGACUCUGCUUUCUUACAUUUUGUUUUUCUUUCUAUGUCCUCUUCAGAUUUGGCUUCAGGACUUUGGUUUUUGCCACUACUUUCCCCUUCCCUCUUUUUUUCCCUUCAUUUUGGAAAUAAGUUUCUGUAUAUGUUGUAAUUGUAGCUAGUUUGUUUUUUAAUUAACCCUUUCUCACCCUACUCCUCCCCCCCUUCCCAUGGUAAAUAAUAUAAUAACCAUUGAAUUUUCAGAAUUUAAAAGUUAACCUUUCUUUUUUUCCAUUUAAAGGUAAAAAAUAUUUGGAGCUAGCAGAGACAAAGUGAGAGGCUUGAACCUUGGUGAGCCCUAAAAUAGAUAAGAUUAUAUUCAUGAAAGAGAAAUGUCAGUUACUUAGAGAUGCAGCUUCUGACCAGUAAACUAUAGAGAUUUGUUAUAAACAUUGUUCCCAGCCCAUUACCAACAUUUUUACUGUCUGUGAGAACUUAAAUGACAAAGUACUUCUUGGUAAAUUCAUGGGUCAUUUGAGAUGUUGAGUUACUUUAGAGUUUUUUCAAAUAAGUAAAUAAUAUUCAUGUAAAAAACUGGAGAAAGAAAGAAUAAUGAAAUGUGCUUGUUGAUAGCAAUACAUUUUUUAUUUUAAAGAUUUAAAAAAGGUCUGUGACCUGUAACAUUAAUUAUUAGAGUGCCCUCUCCUCUCCCUUCCCCUCCUCUCCUCUUCUCUCAUCAUUUUAAUUGUUUGGCUUUUGGAGGCAGUAUUGUCCCUUCUGACAUGCCAAGAGCCACAUGAAAGAGAAAAAUAUGUGCUUUGGUUCUGGCUUUUUGUUCCCACCAUUAACUUCUAUUUGACUUCAUACCUACUUGCCAUCUUGCAAUAGUACAAAUCAUGAAUAAAAAUAAUUUUGAUGUUUUGGAGUACAUUAGGAGAACUUAAUAUGAGUUUUAUUUCCUAUCAUUCCCAUCGUAUCUGUGUUAAGAUACAGGUAUAAGGAUAGAAAUGGCUGGUGGGUUUUUUUUUUUAAUUGGUAAUACAGGAAGGUUUUCACAAAAAUAAGUAAGAUAAUUAGUGAAACUUGUAUCUAGAGCACUUAAUAGUUUGUUUUUAAUUUGAUUCUUGAUUUCAUUUUUCUCUGGAUUAUAUUGGCCUUCUACAGCUAUUACUAAAUUACUUUACAGAAAUAAGCUGGUUUAUUUCUGGUGGAAAGCUACAGUAUCUCUUGAGUUCCAGAUUUGAGCAUUCUUUGUAAAUAGUUGUCUGGAUGGAUUAUGAUAAAGAAUAUGCUACCAGUGAAAUAGAAAACCAAGUAGAUGGUAUAAGACUGUGAUCCUUAUGACCACUCUAGAAGGCACUUCCAUGUGUAAGUCAUAAAGGCCAUGUUCACUGAAUGCAUUGCCAAUGCCCCAUUUUUAUGCCUGUGACUCAACAAAGGUCUUUUCAGUUUAUAGAAGCAGAUUGGGGUUUGUAUUUACAACUUCCUUGAUGGUUACCUGCAUGUCCAUUGCUGGCAACGGACUUUAUCAUUAAAACCUGACUCCUAGGUUAAAGGGAGCUACGCUGUGGUUUAUUCUUUACUUACUUGGAUAAACUAACUUGUAAUAGAAAUGUACUUUGGUUAAUUCUGAAAUGUGUCAAUUUUUGAAUAAUCUUAAAAGCAAUACAGAAUUGUGAUUUAUUAAUUUUAAAUUAAAAUGUUCACAUGUUGUUGCAAGAAAAAUUAUAUCUGAAUCAAGAUUCAUGGUUUUUUUUUAAUAACUGCCUUUUGUAUUUACCUUUUUGCCAUUACUUUAGAAUGAAAAUUCCCAUUUAAAUCUAAAAAUUACCUUAGUAGUCCUCUUUUGUUAUUAAGACAAUAUUACUGUAGUAUUUAUUAUAUUUCAGACUCCCUGGCAGUCUAAAAGUUUCCUUCUCCUCUUGUUCCUUUUGCUGCUUUUAGGGACAGUUAAAACUGGGAAACCAUGAAAAUAUUGAAUAUUUCAUCCUACGUAGAAUAGUAAACAAGUAGAGUGAUUGUGCUAGCAUAAGAGACUAAGGCUAACACAACUCUGUUUUCAUGUGUCAAGUGCCUGGCACACAGUACAAAUUCUCUUCUCCUCAACAUAUAAAUAUUAAGCUGCUUAAAAUGUAUCUAGUUACCACCAUUCCUAAAUGACCUGUGCCUUUAAUAAGCAAUUUAAAACUACCUAUGAGUAUUUCUUUGUAGGGCUCACAUAAAUACAUGUUUGUUUAUAUAUACUGUAUUCUAGCCAGAAUAAUUUUAGAUCUGAUCAGGCAGUAGCUAUAGUUAGAAAAAAAAAAUGGGUGCUUAAAUUUGCAUCCGUUUUUUAAUCUAAAAGUUUUAAAAUAUACUGAGAUCCAUAUCCAGUGAAAUGUCAAAAAAUCAUUAUGGAAUAUAGCUAAAAUCCAGAUUAAGAUUCUUUUGGGGUUUUUUUUAGUGAAAUUAUAGUAAUAUAAAAAGCAGAUUGUCUUCCUUGUCUCAACUGCUCCCACAAUAAACAACUAAAGUCAGUUUUUCCACAGUGUGUGUAUAUGAGUAUGUGUAAGAAAGGGGGAAAAAAUACACACACACACACACACACACACACACACACACACAGAUUUUAUUUCUCACUAACACAUUUAUUGACCACUUUGACAAAGACACUGUGGUAGAUAUUGUGGGAAUUACAAAGGAGAACCAAGCACUGGCCUGGCCUUGAGAGAACUGAAGUCUUUCUCAUUCACCAUUCUAGAAUGUUGCCAAAUGAGAGAGAAAGAAAUGUGUGAUAAUGCUGUCAAACAUCUUUGGUAGGAAUGUCUUGUGGUUUUUUUUGUUUUGUUUUGUUUUGUUUUUGUUAGAUAGAAAUGGAACUAAGUGAAAGUAACUUGUCUUUUCUGUUUUGUCUUCAAAUUUUAUAUUGACUUUUAUUUUUAAUUUAAUCCCAUUCAACUAUUUAAUUGUUACAUUGACAUUAACUGCUGUAUUUGAUGACCUUGUUCAAUAAUUUUGUUCUUUCAGGGCUAGAAAUAAACU